AUGCGCUACCACCGCCUCUUCCGUUGCCAACACCUCCACCGUGUCCACCACCCUCAGAGACGAUCAUCGUCGCUGAAAACCAAAUCCUUCUCCUUCAUUUCUUCCAUAAGCAAGUCCAUUCACAAAUGCCAGUGCCGCAUCCUCCAAUUCUUUUCUAAGUUGGCUGCCAGCCCGAGGCGACACCAAUGCUUCGUGAUCCUCAGACGGGAAGAAGAACCGAUCAGCUCGGAACCCAACGUCGAGCCGAGGAUUAAACUCAAAUUCAGCAAUUCGCUUCCUCCAUUAGUUUCAAGUAAAAAAAGGACCGUCGUCCUCGACUUGGACGAGACCUUGGUCCAUUCCACAACCGGCACACCACCACCAAACUAUGACUUCAUGAUCACACCGACCAUCGAGGGUGUAACCAUGAACUUCUACGUUUUGAAACGUCCUGGUGUCGAUAAAUUCUUGGAAGCCAUAAGCAAAAAGUAUGAAGUGGUGGUGUUCACAGCCGGGUUGGAGCAAUACGCUUCAUUGUUGCUCGACGUUUUAGACCCCAAAGGGCUGAUAUCGCAUCGUUUAUACAGAGACUCGUGCAAGCCAUUGGUGAAACGAAGGUUUGCCAAGGACUUGUCAACGAUAGGGAGGGACCUUGAGAACGUCGUGAUCGUCGAUGAUAACCCGAGGUCGUAUGCUUUGCAACCUGCAAAUGCAAUCCCCAUAAAGCGAUUUGUCGAUGAUGUUGAAGACAAGGAAUUGGAGAAGCUGCUAGGGUUUUUCGAGAAGUAUUGUGAUGGGUUUGAGGAUAUGCGAGAGGCGGUGAAACAGUAUUUAGGUGGUGCCAACAACACCACCAAACCGGCUCGGACAUCAUCGUCGUCUCGUCAUCGUAGUACUAGGGAUCUUUCAUCAGUUAUAAAAUAUCACCACAUAUGA